AUGGAGACAUAUUACGGACACGUCCGCACUCCCGCGGACGCUAUCAUCCUCUUCGAAGCUUGUCGGAUCGGUUUAUUACCUCGAGUGCAACGGCGACUCUCCGAGAAAGAACGACAAUCCAUCAGAUCCGGCUCAGUCUUUGUGUGGGAUGAGCGAGAAGCUGGAAUGCGACGAUGGACCGACGGGAAAUCAUGGAGCGCGAGCCGUGUGUCAGGAAGCUUCCUGACCUACCGUGAAAUGGAAGGCAAGCGUGGGGGCGGGAGCGUCUCCCAGGGCUCUUCUGCGCGCGGCGGGAAGACCCCGGAGAGUCGGGGCAGUGACGAUGACCGAGGCGACGGGACCGACGAGGGUCCAGACGGCUACCGGUACAAACCAGAUGGUCUCAUGAAGCAGUCUUUCAGUAUCACCACCUCCAAUGGUCAGCACUUGCAUUUGAUCAGCUACUACUCCCGAUCCCACCCCUCUGCCGCCAACCUGCAACAACCCACAUCGGAUCCCGCGCUGCGCCACGUCCGUCCCCAAAAGGGACUCUAUCCAGAGUCGACCGUCAACGACCAACAAAACCUCCCGGUCGUGACUCGCGGUCCCAUGCCAGGCGCCGCUUACCCGAUCACUCCACACCCCAUUGGCGGAUACCCACGCGGGACACAUGCGCAACCGUAUCCCCCUGCGUAUGCAUGGCCACCCACCCCUCUAGCUACGCCCCCAACUAUUCCAGUGCAAUACGGCCAUGGCCCCGGCUCUGGCUACCUCCCCCAAGUAGCGCCAAAUGGCCCUCCCUAUGGCCAGCACCAGCCCCCACAUCAACAUCACCCAGCGGGAUUGCCACCUCCCCCACAUCCGUAUGAGCGACACCCCAUGGAAUCGGCACUUCCCCCAGCAGGAGCUCCCCAACAACCUCCUCCCUACAUGAGCCGGUCCCCCCGAUCAUUGGAGCAACGAAGCCCGCCCGUCUACGGCCAUGCCCUGGUCGAUCCCCGCAUGGCCUCACCCCGGGUCUCGGCGCAGUCUCUGGCGCCAAACGGCCAAACUCACAGCCCCCACCUCGUCAAACAAGAACCCCCUAUGCUUCAUGCCCUCAACCCUAUCACCUCCUCGCCCAAAACCACAGAUCCGGCCAGCGCCACCAACGCCGUCCCCGGCAUCACCUCAUUAGUGAACGGUGCUUCGCUUGCGCCCCUCUCCUCGUCCAAUCCCCCCGCCGUCUCCAGUCCCAACGGAGCUCCUGCGCCAGGCCCAGCCGCCGAGGGACCUCGGGAUAUUCCCAACGAGAAGAUCGGGUUCGGAGGCGAGGAUGUCCGCGCUCUGCGACAGCUGGACCGCGCAUUCAUUGCAUGA